AUGGCUUUGGUCCAAAUCCUAGCAGCACAAGUACCCAACAUCAAGUUUCGGCAUCUAUGUAGAAAAUACCUUAGGCAUGCUGAUGCCUUAGCAUACAUAUCGUCUAUGCUAAAGGAUGAAAGCGUUAAGGCCAUCAAGAUAACAAGAGUAUAUGAGCCUUCGAUCACUCCGCAACAAUCCUUCUCUACAAAUCGUGAAGACGAUGUAGGGGAGGAGAUCGCUGACGAUGAUGUAGGGAAAGAUAUCGCCGAUGACUUUGUCGAAGAUGAUAUAUCAUCAAGAGCAAACGAGGACGAAGACUUCAGCAACGAAGAGGACUGGAUAACCGAAGUUCAUAUUUUUCUUAAAGAAGGAACGCUUCCCGCAGACCUGAAGCAAGCUCGGAAAAUACAAUCAAAGGAAGGGAGAUACGAUCUUCGAGACGGAGUUAUUUACAAGAAAUCUUUCCUCGGUACCUUGUUACGUUGCUUAUCCAGAGGGGAAGGUUAUCGUAUCCUGAAGGACAUCCACUACGGAGACGCAGGAAACCACAGCGGGAUGAGAUUACUAGCCGACAAAGCUAAGAUGCAAGGAUAUUACUGGCCACAGAUGAUACAAGACCCGACUAGGAUGUCUAGAAGAUGUGAAGAAUGUUUGGCAUCCCCGCAGAAAUUGUCUCCGACAACGACAAGCAAUUACAAGGAAAGAACAUAG